UUCACUUCGAUCGCAUGGCAACACACUCCAGACGUACUUAAACCCACAUUCUUCUCCUUCCAACUCUGCCCAGAAUCUCUCUCAGACUGUCCCCUGCCAGACUUCCGUGCUCAGAUUCCCCUUCUCAGAAGCUGUCGUUUACAACGAAUUCCCAACCAUCUCACUGUACUGAGACUUCCAUCAUGGACGAUGAAUCCAGUGAUGCUCAAGACUCUCCGAGCCCGCAGACACUACACAAGGACAUUCCCGAUUUCACGCGCACCCUGACUGACCUGGAAGGUGAAGUCUCUGCGCAGAUGAUCCGUAGAUGCAAAUUAGAUGCGUGCGUCGGGUGGUUUAGCGAAAGCCUGGACGCGUUGAAACCCGCAGACAUGGAGAGAGAGAAGUCUGCGAACUGGUUGCGCGGAUGGCCGGAUGUCAAAUCCCUCCCCAGUGAAAUUGCUCAGAAGGUGGAGGGGCUCAAAGCCGAAUUACAACAAACUCUCGCCCGACUUCUUCCCGAUGAGUUCGACACUGAGACGGACGUUUCGGUUAAUCAAAGCUUCAUGGCCCGCCUGGAGGAAAUACGCCCAACGGAUUCUUGGUGGAGACAACAAGAUCACAGACAUACCCCUGACCGCCACAUCAAGUCUCUCUUGAAUAGCUUGAUUGACUCCGAAGAGGUUCGGCUUCCUGGCACUGGAAACGAUCAGAAAACAGAAGAGGCUAAUGCACGGGCGAUGUAUUUCACCGAGGCCUGUAAGCAACUACAAUCUGCCAUCGAGGGCGAGAAUCAGUCAGCAUCAUUUGCUUGUGGUGGUAUUAUUUCUGUCAACAAGGACUUGGUCGGUGAAAUGCUUGAGUCGGACCCAAAGACGACAGGCCCUGUCCAAGUGUAUUGGUCCACUCAAAAGGACUCCACCGCUCGAAGGCUGUUUUUGCCCCUGGAAGAAGCGACCCCACAGUCCAGUUCAGCCACCUUGCGUGACCUCGUUGCGGACUGCCAGCCUGCAAGCUUUGGCAGGGGCGGAGAAGAUAUUUUGGAUCCCAGUUAUCGGCUGGCUGGGAAGAUGGAGCCAUCUAAUUUUGUUUCCAGCUUCCACCCAGCAGACUUCGGGAUCACGCAGCUGAUUGAACAAGUUCUAAUGCCGGGGAUUAGCGACAAGUGUGACCACGCGUUACACUUCAGAAAACUGCACGCAGAACUGUACAAGUUGAAUAUCUAUUCAGGCCCUUCAGGCCACUUUGCCGCGCAUGUCGAUACGCCACGGUCAAAGAGUCAGAUUGGUUCUUUGGUGGUCUGCUUGCCAUCCGAAUUCUCUGGCGGUAAGCUCACUGUGCGACACGGCGGCCAGCAGACAGCUUUCGAUUGGAGUGGCUCAAGCAGAUCUGCAAUUCAAUGGGCAGCUUUCUAUAGCGAUUGCGAGCACGAGAUCGAGAAGGUCACGGAAGGGCAUCGGUUGACGUUGACAUAUAACUUGUAUAUCACCGAAACUCCGGGCGCAGAUCCGGACACAGCUAGCCCUGUUCUACAGCCGCAAGCCUUCCCCUUGUAUAAAGCAAUGCAGGAAAUCCUAUCCAACCCUCGUUUUAUGGUACAAGGUGGUGUCUUGGGUAUGUUCUGCUCUCACGCCUACGCGCACGCCAGUGACGAUGCAGAUGCUCGGCUUCCACGAGCGCUUAAAGGUGCUGACCUCGUGGUAUACUCGGUACUAAAAUUACUGGGAGCCCAGGUCAACGUCUUACCAAUCUUGCGCCGAGAUGGGACCGCAGAUGACUAUGAAACUUACCUAGAAGAGCAUGUUCUGCUGAGCUACUUCAAAGGCGACAAGCUACAAUAUUUACGCUGUCAGGAAUUCUUGGGUGCGGAGUAUGCUAGCCAGGAUGAAAUCGAUCGCCGCUGGAAAACGUUGCUGCUGAUACGGCGUGUACCAGCAAUGGAAUAUGCAUCCGAGAUUAUCCGGUCUAGGGGAGGCUCAGUCGAUUCAGCUGGCUUCUAUAUGAAGCACGGCGCCCGCGUUGCUCCACAGCUUCGAGCAUAUACAACUACAGACUAUGGUUACGAUCAAUCCCUGGACCAGACCGCAAUGUGCGCCUGGCCUUUCCUAUACAUUCCCGGUAUCACUUGGCUCAACAAUCCUAAGCACUCAGAGAUGGCGUUCAGUCAUGUCGUAUACGGAAACGAGGCUGGUGUUGGGACGCAGUAUUCCUGUGCCGCGAUCAUUGCAGUGAUUCCACCAUUCAGUCAGCGAAGCCAGACAACCCAAUAG